CAGUUAAAAGAAAAUUCCAAUUUUCCACGCUUUUCCGGCCAGUAUGCGUCCAGUUUUAGAGCAAUACGCGAGGAAAAUAGCAAAAAAAAACCAUGGAAAAACAUAGUUUUAUUAGAAAACACGACUUAAAAAGGCAGUUACUUUAUGUUUUAUACUAAAAAAGAAAUGUUCGAAUAAUGAAGUUAUGUUUAUUUUUGGAGUUGAUGAAAACAUCUCUACAAUGAAAACACGCUUGAAACAAUCUCAAUAAUCCACUAAUUCUCAUUUUUUAACAUCAAAACCAUCAUGGAUCUGGUAUCCACGAAAGUCCUUGUGGCUAUAAUCUUCGGAAUCUUUCGAUUCUUCUUCGGCAUGCUGCCUGUCAAACUUGACACCUGUCUAAGACGAUGGGAGGAAGGCAGUACCGACAAGAAGACAUUCAUCAAUGCCAAAAGACACCAACAAGUGACAUGUGCUGUGGCAAUGACGCAAUCAUUUGGUGGAGGAGUGAUGUUUGCAACUUGCUUUUUGCACAUGAUGAGAACACUAUUUGUUUCGGUGGAAGAACUGAAGAAAAUUAAGGGAAUUACAAACGAGUAUCCGAUAUCACAGCUUAUGAUCUCUUUGGGGUUCUUCUCUAUAUAUUUUUUAGAGGAGUUUAGCCACUGGAUGAUCAACUCGAAUAAAUCUUGCACGAAAAGUGCUCUGGAUAAGGUUGCCACAUCUCUUCACAAGGAAUCCUCUAGGUCAUCAAACAAAAUCACACCAGUAAGAACCAUCGAGACCAUCGAAGAAUGGGAUUUAAACGAAAAAAACAGACAAUUCGACAGUAAUUUCGAAAACGAAGUCGAUUUCUUGGAAUCUCCAUCCAAAACCGCACCGAAAGCCGAAUCCUCUGUAACGUUCUCGCCUACAAAAAGCGAAAAAGCCAUCUGCAGAUCUGCCAGUGCCAAAAGUAGGUACUCAAUACGAGAAGACCUGGAAAGAGCCAAUAAUGCAGUUAUUGAAGAGGAAGAUGAAGAGAAACUCAAAGAUCGUGAACAAGUUAUGAGAUGUGUUCUCACUAUAGCGGCACUGUCACUACAUUCUAUUCUAGAAGGACUGUCCAUAGGCAUCCAAAAACAAACUUCAGAGAUCUGGUACCUUUUUAUAGCGGUCAGUAUCCAUUCAGCUUCAAUCCUAUUCGUCAUGGGAGUGGAACUAAUCCUUGCCCAAACCAAAAUGCGAUUCAUAGUGAUCCAAAUGAUCGCCCUGGCUGUUGCAAGUCCCCUAGGCAUAUUCCUAGGGCUCCUAGUAACUGUUGAUGCUACCCUAAAUUUUUCUACAAUGGCCACAAUAACGGUAUUCCUGGAAGGACUUAGUGCAGGUACCAUUCUGUACAUAACCUUCUUCGAAGUGUUGAAUAGGGAAAAAGAAAGAAGGGUGUACAGGUUGAGGAGGUGUCUGUGCAUUAUGGGAGGUUUUACUUUGAUGGCUUUCUUGCAGUAUGCUGAAUCCAGGUCAGCUGUUCAUGCUGAUGAUGACGUUAGUGUUUUGACGGGUGUGAAUGUAACGAACACUUAAAGAAAUGGAGGUAGUGAGUGCUUUAAGUGUGCGCAAAUGUAAAUUCUAAUGCUAAUGGUUCAAAAGAAUUUAUAAGUGCCACUAUUGUAGAUAAAAUAUCUAUUUAUUUUAAUUUAGUUUAAAUAUUGUGAAUUAUAUUUUAAAAUAUAUAGAGAUUUAUUUUAAUAUUGUAAAUUGUGCUGUGUUGGUACUUUUACUUUUAAUCUCAUAUUAUUUAAAAAUUUAUUAGAGUAAUUACUAUAUUCCCUCAAGUUUUUCAAAGAACGCUUUUCAUAGUUUAAAAAAACAGAGUUUGUUGUAUAAAUAAG